AUGUUCAUCGAGAGCUUUAAGGUAGAGAGCCCGAACGUGGAGUACACAGAGAAUGAGAUCCAUUCCGUGUACGAUUACGAAACCACAGAGGUCGUCCAUGAGAACCGUAACGGUUCUUAUCAAUGGAUCGUCAAGCCCAAAACCAUCAAAUACGAUUUCAAAACAGACACUCGUGUCCCCAAACUAGGGGUUAUGCUUGUUGGUUGGGGAGGAAACAAUGGAUCGACUCUAACCGCUGGUGUGAUCGCUAACAAAGAAGGGAUCUCGUGGGCGACUAAAGAUGGAGUGCAACAAGCAAACUACUUUGGCUCGCUCACUCAAGCGUCUUCGAUUCGUGUCGGAUCUUACAACGGCGAAGAGAUCUACGCUCCAUUCAAGAGUCUUCUCCCGAUGGUGAAUCCGGACGAUGUUGUGUUUGGUGGUUGGGACAUAAGCGACAUGAACUUAGCAGACGCUAUGGCUAGAGCCAGAGUCCUUGACAUCGAUCUCCAGAAACAGCUCAGGCCUUACAUGGAGCACAUGGUCCCGCUCCCUGGUAUCUACGACCCUGACUUCAUCGCUGCGAAUCAAGGGUCACGUGCUAAUAGCGUGAUCAAAGGCACAAAGAAAGAACAAGUUGAUCACAUCAUCAAGGACAUGAGGGAGUUUAAGGAGAAGAACAAAGUGGAUAAGCUAGUUGUGUUAUGGACAGCCAACACAGAGCGUUACAGCGAUGUGGUUGUAGGGCUUAAUGAUACGAUGGAGAAUCUAUUGGCUUCUGUUGAGAAGAACGAGGCUGAGAUCUCUCCCUCCACGCUUUAUGCAAUUGCUUGUGUUCUUGAAGGCAUUCCUUUUAUCAACGGGAGUCCUCAGAAUACUUUUGUCCCGGGGCUUAUCGAGCUGGCUAUAUCGAGGAACUGCUUGAUUGGUGGGGAUGACUUCAAGAGUGGUCAGACUAAGAUGAAAUCUGUUUUGGUUGAUUUUCUUGUUGGAGCUGGUAUCAAGCCUACUUCGAUUGUGAGUUAUAAUCACUUGGGAAACAACGAUGGGAUGAACCUCUCAGCGCCGCAGACUUUCAGAUCUAAGGAGAUUUCAAAGAGUAAUGUUGUUGAUGACAUGGUGGCUAGUAAUGGCAUCCUCUUUGAGCCUGGUGAACAUCCUGACCAUGUCGUUGUCAUCAAGUAUGUACCAUAUGUUGCGGAUAGUAAGCGAGCCAUGGAUGAGUACACCUCGGAGAUAUUCAUGGGAGGGAAGAAUACAAUUGUAAUGCACAAUACUUGUGAGGAUUCUCUGUUGGCUGCUCCAAUCAUCUUGGAUCUUGUUCUUCUCGCGGAACUCAGCACUAGAAUCCAAUUCAGAGCCAAAGGAGAGGGGAAGUAUCACUCUUUCCAUCCAGUAGCAACCAUACUAAGUUACCUCACAAAGGCGCCUCUAGUACCGCCUGGGACGCCGGUGGUUAACGCUUUAUCGAAGCAGAGGGCUAUGCUGGAGAAUAUUCUUAGGGGCUGCGUUGGGCUUGCGCCAGAGAACAACAUGAUCUUGGAGUACAAGUGAAGGACAGGGAGGAUGAAGAAGAGCAAAAGGAUCUAAAACUUUAGCUUAAGCUUUUGGAUCAAAUGUGUAAUAGACUUAAAGAGUAACUAUCUUUGUGUUAAACCAAACUUUCUUUAUUUUAUUUAUAUCAUGAUUCUCUUCAUCA